AUGGGGGAGACUGGGGAUACCCCUAUUUCUAGCAACCCGGCCGUUCGUAGGUCCUCUAGAAGUAAAAGAGGGUUGAGGAAUUACAAUGAGAAUCUGAUGGAUGACUUAAUAGAUAAACAAAUCGGGUCCUCUUCGAGAAAGAAAAACAGGACACGUGAGGAUCUGGAGAAAGAAACCAAAACCGAAGCCAUGAUUGCUUUGUCCUUAGGGUUCCCUAUAGACGAGCUGCUUGACGAGGAAAUCAAAGCUGGGGUCGUGAGAGAACUUGGCGGGAAAGAGCAGAAUGACUACAUUGUCGUGAGGAACCAUAUACUUGCCAAGUGGAGGGAUAACGUGCGCACGUGGCUCUCCAAAGGGCAGAUAAGGGAAACCGUUAGCAACGACUAUGCGCACAUAAUAAAUGCAGCUUACGAUUUCCUUUUAAACAACGGGUACAUUAAUUUUGGGGUCUCCGCAUGCUUCGAGUCGCAAAUAUUCGAGGAAAACCAAGAAACUUCCGUGAUAGUAAUCGGCGCUGGGUUAGCCGGAUUAGCUGCAGCUCGGCAGCUCAGGUCUUUUGGUUAUAAAGUGUUUGUUCUGGAAGGAAGAAACCGACCGGGUGGGCGGGUUUACACCCAAAAAAUAGGUCAGAAGGGCACAUACGCCACAGUAGACCUCGGAGGAAGUGUGAUAACGGGCAUUCACGCCAACCCUUUAGGUGUUUUGGCUCGGCAGCUCUCGAUCCCUCUUCACAAGGUGAGGGAUAACUGCCCCCUGUACAAGCCCGAUGGGGGGCCCGUCGACAAAGAAAUCGAUUCGAACGUUGAGUUAAUCUUCAACAAGCUGCUCGAUAAGGUCUCGCAGCUCAGAGGAAUAAUGGGCGGAUUUAUCGCCAACAUUUCACUCGGUUCGGUUCUUGAAACUCUCAGGCAGUUGUACGCCGUGGCUCGGAGUGAAGAGGAAAGGCAGCUUCUCGACUGGCAUUUUGCGAAUUUGGAGUUUUCAAACGCGGGCAGCCUCUCGAACCUCUCGGCCGCUUACUGGGAUCAGGACGACCCUUACGAGAUGGGCGGGGACCACUGUUUUCUGGCGGGUGGGAACUGGUGGCUGAUUCGAGCCCUGUGCAAAGGAAUCCCGAUUUUGUAUGAGAAGAUCGUGCACACGAUUAGGUAUGGUGAGGAAGGUGUGGAGGUCCUUGCCGGAGAUCAAGUGUUUCAGGCAGAUAUGGUUCUCUGCACAGUUCCGCUCGGUGUUCUGAAGAAGAAAACGAUUAAAUUCGAGCCCGAGUUGCCGGAACAGAAGGUGGCGGCAAUAGAGAGGCUCGGGUUUGGGCUGCUGAAUAAAGUUGCCAUGGUCUUUCCUCACAAUUUCUGGGGUGAAGAUUUGGACACGUUCGGCUCGUUGAGCGAGACCAGUCAACGGAGGGGCGAAUUCUUCUUGUUCUACAGCUAUCAUACGGUUUCGGGUGCUCCGGUGCUCGUGGCUUUGGUGGCGGGCGAAGCUGCACAGCUGUUUGAGAAUGCGGACCCCACUUCUUCAGUCCAUCGUGUUUUGAGUAUUCUUAGAGGCAUUUAUGGUCCCAAAGGAGUAGACGUGCCGAAUCCAAUACAAUCGAUUUGCACAAGAUGGGGCUCGGAUCCCCUUUCAUACGGCUCGUAUUCGCACAUAAAGGUACAAUCUUCAGGGGACGAUUACGAUAUUCUUGCUGAAAGUAUCGGGGGCCGUCUGUUUUUCGGAGGGGAGGCCACGACCCGACAGUAUCCAGCCACCAUGCACGGUGCUUACCUUAGCGGGCUCAGGGAAGCCGCCCGAAUCCUCCGAACCACGAGACAGAGGAAAAUCGAUCAAAACCCGAAGAAGCCCGUGUCGAAAAAUCUCGGCUUGAAUGGUGAUGUACUGUCAAAACUAUUUGAGAGGCCCCAUUUAGCAUUUGAUGAUGAUUUCUGCUUUGUGUUCUUCGACCCUUUAUCCGAUGAGGACCCAAAGUCGUUAGGCCUGAUGAGGGUGGCUCUCGAGGCCCAGCCCAAUGAGAGUUGUGGGGACAGGCAGUUGAGUCAGCAGUUAAUGCUUUAUGCAGUGGUGACCCGAGAACAGGCCUGGGAGUUGGAGAAAGUUGGUGGGGAAAAAUCGAGCAAGUUGUGUUUUUUGUCGCGUAAGCUUGGGAUCAAGCUGAUGGGGGCCGAUGCAAUAGGGACUUCGGCAAAUGGGUUGAUUGCUAAAAUUAGUAGCGUGAGAAGAAGUAGGAUUCGGUCCCGUGUGGUUGGGGGGAAGUGA